CCGGCUUGAUAAUUACAGUACGCACCGGCAUUUUUUUGGAAAUCGAGGAAGAUGAGUAAAAACAAACGAAAAGUAACGGUAGAUGCAGAUGACAGAAAAAAGCCUAGCGUAUUUGAAAGACUAGGACCGAAUGCAAUAAAGAGACCAGUCGGCAAAUAUAACGACUCCGACUCGGAUGAGGUUGUACAUCGGUGCAGAAACUGGGAUACCACAGGCACCUGUUCAUAUGGAAAGGCAUGCAAGUUUCUGCAUGAUCCCAAAUCAAAACUUGGAAAAGAUGAAAGUCAAGAGGAUCUGCGUCUGCGUGUAAAACACAAAGGUCAGAAGCGUGAUUCCAGACCCAGUGAUUCUGAAGAUUCUGCAGAAAAAGACUACGAGGAGAAGCUAGAGCUGGAGCGUGAACGUCAGGCGUUGAAGAGACAGCUAAGUCAGCUGGAGGACGAUGAUAAAGACUUACGGGAGAAUUUCCGCAUUGAGUCCAGGCUCCAGAAGGUCAGCAGCUCUGAGUCUGACAGUUCUGGAGAUAGCCGCAGUCGCAGUAAAACCAGGAAACAAUCGAAGAAAAAGAAGAAAAGGAAGCAAGAUUCAAAGUCCUCAACAAAACUGAAGCUUCCCAGCCCUGGCCCAGGUAUUGAUAGCGAUGACCAUCAGAAAAAGCACAAGAAGAAGUCAAAGAAGAAGCACAGCCGGGCCGAUUCCCUGUCAAGCCUCGACCGAUCCUCGGAACCAGAACAAAAAGGACGCAAACUUCUGAGCCCUUUGAAAUUCAAGAAUAAAAAGCCCCUAGUGAGUAACGCCAUUCAGGGAUUUCACUCUGAUGAUGAACCAGACGUCACUCCACAACCACCAAAAAUGAAGCUGACCAUGCCGUCAAGGUCGCCUCCUCUGGGUAUCAUAGUGCCUCCCUUGCCACCAAGAAUUAGGUCAACCAGGUCACGGUCAUUGUCCAGCGGGGAAGGGCGCAGGGGUGAAAAAAUUAAGGCCAUGAGCUUAGUGUCUCCUGUAAAAAAGAAAAAAGCUGAGAGAAGAGCAUCGCCAGAGUUUGAGAGGGAAUCAAAAAUUGAAAAGGUCCGAGGGUCACGAAAACAGACAAAGUCAAGGUCACCCAGUUUUGAAAAGUCGUUGUCAUUUUCUCCGGAUGGUAAAAAGGCCAGGAAAGCGGAGAAAAAGAAGAAAAAGAAGGAUGCUGAAACUCUUGAUAAGUCGAAAGACACCUCGCUGGAAAGGUCAAGAGGUUAUGAGAGCCGUGACAGGGAGCUGAGUCCAUUGUCAGACUUCAGGUCAAACUCACCCCUGAAAAAGAAGAAGAAAGACAAAAAGAACAAGGACAAGAAGAAAGAUAGAGCUCCUUCUCCUCUUAGAGAGGAGGUUGUUAUAUCAAAAAAGAAGAAGGAUAAAAUGAAGGCAAGAGAUAGGUCUAUGUCGCCAGUCCCUAAGAAGUCCUUGGAAAAAAGGAGUCUGGAUCGAUCACAUGACCGCAAGGAAUUAGAACCAAGGGGCAGAUCACCCAUGGGUCGUAAGAUGUCAAGGUCUCCCAUUCCUCCUAGAAGGGCGAGAUCACCGGACCCAGCGCCUAGAGCUGACAGAGAUCUGGAUGUUAGAGACAGGGAUAACACAGACAGUCGAGAGUCCAACAGGGGGGACUUGAGAGGGGAAGCUCGUGACUUCAGGGGGGAGUCACGGGGUGCCAGGAACGAGUCCAGGGAGCUGCGGGACUCAAGGCCCGACCUAAGGGAGCCCAGAGGGGAUUCUAGGGAGCUGAGAGGGGAUGGAAGAGAUUUAAGAGGGGACCCUAGGGAUUCCAGGCUGGAUCAGAGGGACUCCAGACCGAACCCCAGGGAAUCUAGACUGGAUAUAAGAGAGCCUAGAAUUGAGCCAAGAGAUUCUAGGACUGAUAUGAAGGACUCCAGGCUUGAUUCAAGAGAUCGUGCCUUGGAUACCAGGGAGUCCAGGCUUGAGUCGAGGGUGCCCCUUAGGGACAUGAGGGACAAAGAUUCAAGAUCAAUGAGGGAUGCAAGGCCAGAUCCUCGUGAUAGGGAAACUAGAGACAGGGACCCCCUCAGGGAGCCAUUACGGGAAGUGCUUCGGGAACCAUUGAGGGAGCCGCUUAGGGACCCAAUUAGGACAGAUGCAAGAGACAGGGAUCUCAGGGGUAUCCAUGAGUUCAGAGAAGAGCCAUUAGAUCCCAUUGAUGUCAGGGAUCGCCCCCCUAUCGUAGACCGGGAUAUCAGGGAUCGCCCCCCUAUUGUAGACCGGGAUUAUGAGCGCGAUCUCCCACCACCUGUAGAUGUUCUGCCUGAUAGAAGGGACAGGUUUCCUGAUGAUAGAUACAGGGAUGAACCCAGGAGGGACCGAUAUGACGACCCUCGUUAUCCUCCACCCCCACCCCCUCCUGCCCCGGUCAACUAUGAUGACCGACCCGCUCGGUUUGGGCGCCCUGAGCCAGGGGACAGAUUCCCGGACCCAGUCGAUAGGGGCCCAGUCCCAUACGGUCGCCCAGAUAGGGAUAUUCCUGUGGACCGGCGGGUUGAACCCAUGGAGGGGCCAUAUGAUCGAUAUGGUCAACAGAAUAGGGGGGAUGGUAGAUAUGGUGGUAUUGGUCGUGGUGGUCGCUAUGACUACCAGAGAGAUGAGGGACCUAACUGGGACAGGGGAGAUCGCGGAAGGGGCCGCAACAGGGGCAACUGGAACAGGGGUGGGCCCCAAGACAGGGGUGGUCGUUACGAUGAUCGUAGUCGUCGAGGAGAUUGGGAGAAUCAACGACAGCGUAAUGAUGAUUUCUACCCUAAUGAUCGUCGUGACUGGGCGGAGCGUAAAGAUGGAGAUAGGAAAGAUGACAGACCACCUGUCAAGGAUGAGAGCAGAGACAGACGAGAUGACAAGCCAGAUGCAGUCAGAGAUCGUGAGAGGGAUGGGAAAGAUAAAGAAAGGGACCCAAGAGAAAAAGAGCCCAAAGAAAAGGAGACUAAGGAAAAGGAAUUGCAGGAAAGAGACAAAGAGGACAAGAGGUCUGCUAGGGUUGAAAGCAAGAAAGAUGAGAGAAUUGAAGAGGAAAAGGAGAAAAAAGAAGACAAAUUUGAGAAGAAGGAGGAGACUAAUAGAAGCAAAGACACAGACUCGGACAGUAAGAAACGUGAGGAGGAAAAAAGCAGGGACAAAGAUCGGGAUCGACAGAAGGAGAGAGGGAGAGAUAAGGAUGAUGAUCGUAGAGAUAGGGGUCGCAGCAAGGAGUCUGACAAGCGAGAGAGGGGUCGAGGGGACAAGGAGAGUGUCAGCAGUAGGAGCAGGGAUGGAGAAGUGGACAGAGAGAAGAGACGAGACGACAGCAGCGAUAGGUCCAGGAAAAGGAAGGCGUCUCGCUCGCGGACCAGGUCACCGUCCGUGAAGAAACCCAAAGAUGGUUCCCCUGCUCUUUCCACUCACAGCAAGCGGUCAGCCAGGGAACCUGUAGCAGAGAAGGAACCAGAGGCCGACAAGCACAGUGAUAAGGGAAGUGUAGCAGGCAGUGAAAGAUCAAGGAAGGCCGACAGUACAAGGGCAAGGUCACGCAGGUCAAGGAAAGAUGAGGAGAAACAAUCAAAGAGAGGAAGUGACACGGAGGAUAGAAAGAGGUCAAGGUCAAGGUCACAUUCCAACGACAGCAAGGACAGCAAACGGCUGCGGCUAGAUAGCUUUACAGAAGGGGCAGGUGCUUUAGCAGGCUACGUGAUCAAGGACACUGUGGGCUCUGACAGAGAAGACAACAACCUAGACAACAUAGAGCAGAACUUCAGCGACUGGUCUGAUGACUCGGCUGAUGACAUCCUGAACAGGCCCGGAGAGGCGUCUCCCAAGAAGGAUGCAGACGUGAGCAAGGACACAGUGCCAGGCAGUACCAGUCCACAUGGGAGUGAGGGCAGUUGUCAUAGCAACACGGAACAGAGGGAGAAACUAGACUCGGAAGAGCCUGAAGAGUUAGAAUCUAUAUCUUCAGAUGAGGGCGGUCUUGUGGAACGAGUCAAAAUGGCUGCAGUGGAUGCCCUGGAGAUAGACUGGUCCAGUCUGAUCAGGGAUGAGCGGCCCAAGCCACAGACUGGUUCAGCUUUGAACCGCUUCAAGCCUGGAGCCAUCUUCUCAAAGAUCGGGCUGUCACGGCAGUAUGCAGGGAACCAGCUGUUCUCGCAAGUCCUGGAGGUGUGCCAGAAACAUGAAUUGACUGAAAGUCAAUCUGAUCUCAAUGACUCACAGACUGAAGCUAAACCCAAUAAAGCAGACAUUAAACAAGAGGAAACAACAUUGUCUGAAGACAGUAAAGCUGAAGCUUCACAGUCCCCCUCAAAACAGAACAAUACUGGUUCUCGGUCCUCUAAAUUUAACUUUCUCAGUGACGUUGCGAUGUUUCACGCUUCUGGGCUGCAGAAACUGAAGGAGAGGAUGUCGCUGAUGUCCAACAUCGGACCUUUCCGUCGGGCACUGUGUGCUCGCAAAGAUCUCGAAAUGAGGCGUCAGCUCUGUAGAGCAGACAAGGUGUUGGACUCCAGUCACCUGUACGCCAGCCAGGACAUGGAUCUGGAGCUGUUCAGACAAAGUGUGCACAUGCUACGUAACGCGCAGGACCCCUCCCCGCACAGUAAAGAGGAAGUGAUGUCACCUACCACCCCAGUGAAGCCAGUGGGAUCACCAGUCACGUGUCCCUAGGCUGGGACCUCAGUAUUACUCUGCUUUAUUAUAAACUUGGUAUGAGAUUGGAGUCAUUCUGUUGGUACCUUGCUUUGUCUACAUAAAUGUUAACUUUGUGUAGUAUACAUUCUGUUGGUACGUUGGUUUUGUUUUGUGUAGUAUACAUUAUACCCUUGCUGGGAGUGAGUAUAUUGGAGUAAUUGGUACGUCGGUUUGUCAGUGAUUAAAAUGAAACCUAAAAUCACUAUGAAGUGAAGAUGUUAGACACUCCAUUCCUAAUUAUGCACACGUGAGUUGCUAAUAUGUGCAUUUAAAAUUAGCUAUUUUUUGUCAGAUAAGCAAAAUAUGUUCUAUGUAUGUAGAGCAAACUACUUCAUUUUUUCUCUAGGAAUUAAAUUAUACCUUUAAUUAUGUCAUCACCAUGAAAUGUAGAUGUGCAGGACACUUUUUUUAAAGCCAUAGUGAUUGAAACAUUCCCGAGUUAAUGACCCUUGAACAUUGGGGUGUAGGGGUAAUAGUAAUUUUGUGACAAAGCUCUACUAAAUUUCAGCAAUUACAUUUAGUUACGUAUAUAUGUUCAUUUGACUGCAUACAGUGUUCAUUUCCAUUGUCAAAGUGUAUUUAAAAAAAAUGAAUACAAAUAAUUUUUAGUGAACUGCAUUUUAGGUAUUAUUGAGUUGAAUGUAUGUUUUGUGCUAUGUGUUUUGGAAUAAAACAAACCUAAUUACAUUAAA